GGCGAGUCCACCCAGCCCAGGAUAGAGAAUCCCGAUAUAAAUCGCGUGGACGUUGCGGAUAUCAUGGCUAUAACUCUCGCAGCUCAUGCUCAACUCGACAAGUUUAACGAUGCCUUGCAAUUAGUCUUACGACGCACUUCUCAUCGAGUUACACGAGACAACGUUUUGAAUUUGGGACGUGAUCUGACGACUUACGAAAUCCCACAUGUGGAUCAUUUACUCGCGCAGACGAGUAGGUACGCAGAAGCUACUGGUAUGGCGAAGCUCGUACAAAAACCUGAAGUCUUCAAAGCUCACGUUCGUAACUUACUCAAGGAGAAGAUGGUAGAGAGGCGGUUGGAAAAUGUGAAACGGAUAUUAUCCAACGGCUUUCAUGGCAAGACUCGAUGGGCGGUGACGGGUGAAUCACAGUUGAAUCCGGAUACACACCAUUUGGUUACCGUUUCGCAGAAAGUGUGGGGUAUACUUAUGUACGCUUUCAUUGUCGCGCGGAUGGACGACGGGGCGGAAAACCUCUGGGCAACGAUUCUGCGAAUCGGGUAUAGCCCAAACAUUGAUAUAUGGAAUUCCUUGCUAGAAGGGUACCGCGAUACGCACCAGGUCGAGCGACUACUUUUAACGUGGGACGUUAUGAAGAAGGAACGUAUACCUCUCAACGCUACUUCGUAUGGUGCAAGGAUAGCAUGUCUUUUUCAAGCUCGUCGUGCAACACUUGCGAUGAAAACGUUUGAAGAGUUCAAAAGGGCGCACCCGAAUCAGGAGGACGGGUUGAUAUUUGUCUUCAACACGAUCUUGAACGGAUACCUCUUAGAGAGACGUCUAACAGAUGCUGUGAAGCUAUUCGAAGAAAUGAAGAAGCAUGGACCGCAACCGGACAUCGUCUCGUACAAUACGUUUAUUGCCCACUAUGCCAAGAGGGCGGAUUUACAUGGUGUUGCGGACUUCGUGCGACAACUUACAGAGGCGGGCGUCGAACCGGAUGUGUUCACGUUUACGACGAUUCUUUCGGCUAUUUUGAAAGCGGGUAUACCGAAUGGCACGGCGAGACUGCUAGAGGUUAUGGACAGUAUGGGUGUGAAGCAGAAUGUCGCGACGUACAGCGCGAUUAUCAACUCGCAAGUGCGGGAGGGUACACGCGAGGGCGUAAAGACUGCUUGGGAGCUUUUGCAGCAGAUGGAACGCAUGAAGGAUACAAGGCCGAACAUCGUCACGUAUACAUCGUUCCUUGCAGGAGUGCACCGGAGCCAAGAGCUGGACAAACAGUUGGUUGCAUUGAUUACGUCGGAGGUUGUGAAAACGAUGAAGAGACGUGGUGUGCAGCUCAAAUUGGGCACAUACCAUGUCCUGUUCAAGGCUUGUCUGGAGAAUUCGAACCCGGAAGGAAUGGACUUUUUCAUGGAUUAUUACAACAUGCUAGUUAGAAGCGGGAUACCAUUCCGGCAUGAUACGUGGUAUAUAAUCUUGAAUGGGUUGAUACGGAGGGAUGCCUGGACGUUGGCGAAGGAGAUGAAGGACCGGAUGUUGAGUUCUGGUUUUCAACCGAUGUGGGGCGUGAUGGAGAUGGUUAAGUGGAUAGAAGAGUGGGAGGCGGGGAAUCGGUAGUAUUAUAGACGAAUACAUUGCAUUGUAAUGCAUGACAUGGUAUGUGUGCGAGUGCUCUAUUAUGAUGACGGUCCGCCGAAGAAAAGAGCGCGGCUCCAGCCUACUUGUAAAUAUCGAUCGUAAAUGUUAUGAGCCCAUUUCCGUCCGAGCCAUUUACCGACGUAGGGCAGAAGGACGACGGAAAGGAGGAGCUGGAGCUGUUGGAGAUUUUCCUCCCAUUCCUGCUGAGCGAUGCGGAACUCCUCGUCGGAGUCGUAGGCGUCGUCGCUAUCGUCUGAGUCGCCGAGGGAGGAGACGGACUCUGGUGCCAUUUAAU